CCAAUUGUUUUCAACACAAAAUAAAAGAAAAUGUCUUUGAACUCUAACUACUACUGUUCGGUACUGAAAAUCUGCACCGAGACCCGAACCUUAGUCCAAGCAAAGAAAAUUCAUUGUCACAUUCUUAGAACCAUUGAAGACCCGGAAACAUUCUUACUGAACAAUCUCGUUAACGCUUACAGUAAACUAGGGGAUUUGAGGUAUGCACGGUACGUGUUCGACAAAAUUCCCCGACCAAAUCUCUUUUCAUGGAACACUAUUCUUUUCACUUAUUCAAAAUCUGGGAAUCUUUCAGAGAUGAAAGAUAUCUUCAACCGCAUGCCUAUGCGUGAUGGGGUUUCUUGGAAUUCGCUUAUUUCGGGUUACGCUUCUCGUGGUUUGGUAACUGAUACAGUGAAGGGUUAUAGUUCAAUGUUGAGGGAUGGAGCGGCUAAUUUGAAUAGGAUAACGUUUUCUACUAUGCUUAUAUUGUCGUCUAGUCAAGAGUGUUUUGAUUUGGGUAGACAGAUUCAUGGGCAGAUUGUGAAAUUUGGGUUCGGUUCUUAUGUGUUUGUGGGUUGUCCCUUGAUGGAUAUGUAUUCAAAAGCAGGGUGUGUUUACGAUGCGAAACGCGUUUUUGAUGAAACGCCAGAGAGGAAUGUGGUAAUGUAUAACACAAUGAUUACUGGGCUUUUGAGGGACGGUAUGGUGGAGGAUUCCAGGUGGUUGUUUCGUAGUAUGCAGGAAAAAGAUUCGAUUUCAUGGACAACUAUGAUCACAGGGUUGACUCAGAAUGGUUUAUAUAGAGAAGCUAUUGAUUUGUUCAGGGAGAUGAGGAUAGAAGGUUUGGCUAUGGAUCAGUUUACUUUUGGAAGUAUGUUGACGGGUUGUGGGGGUUUAAUGGCCCUGAAAGAAGGCAAGCAAGUUCAUGCCUUUAUAAUUAGAACAAAUCAUCAGGAUAAUGUUUUUGUAGGCAGUGCACUUGUCGACAUGUAUUGCAAGUGCAAAAUCAUAACAUCUGCAGAGACAGUUUUCAAGAGGAUGACUCGAAAGAAUGUUGUAUCCUGGACUGCACUGCUUGUAGGUUAUGGCCAGAAUGGGUACAGUGAAGAAGCUAUUAAAAUCUUUUGUGAUAUGCAAAGAAAGGGGAUAACUCCUGAUUAUUAUACUCUAGGAAGUGUAAUUAGGUCAUGUGCAAACCUAGCAAGCUUAGAAGAGGGUGCACAAUUUCAUGGCCAAGCCAUAGUUUCUGGCUUACUUUCUUUCACGACAGUUUCUAAUGCACUCAUUACUUUAUAUGGAAAAUGUGGAAGCAUAGAAGAUGCUGAUCGACUGUUCAAUGAGAUGAAUUUUAGGGAUGAAGUUUCAUGGACAGCAUUGGUAUCAGGGUAUGCGCAGUUUGGUAAAGCCAAUGCAACAAUUGAUUUGUUUCAAAAAAUGUUGGCCCAUGGUCUAAAACCUGAUGAAGUUACUUUUGUCGGUGUUCUAUCAGCUUGCAGUAGGGCAGGUGUAGUGGAAAAAGGGUAUCAGUACUUUGAGUCAAUGGUAAAAGAACAUGGAAUCACGCCAGUGAUUGAUCAUUAUACUUGCAUGAUCGACCUUCUUAGCCGAGCUGGAAGGUUAGAAGAAGCAAGAUGCUUUAUAAACAAAAUGCCUAUGCCUCCUGAUGCAAUCGGUUGGUCUACCUUACUUAGCUCGUGUAGACUUCGUGGUAACUUGGAAAUUGGGAAAUGGGCAGCUGCAUCCCUUCAGGAACUAGAGCCCCACAAUCCUGCAGGUUACAUCUUACUCUUGAGCAUAUAUGCUGCUAAAGGAAAAUGGGAUAAUGUGUCAGAAUUAAGGAGGGGAAUGAGAAAUAAAGGAGUGAGAAAGGAACCGGGAUGCAGUUGGAUCAAAUAUAAGGGAAAAGUUCACAUUUUCUCUGCAGAUGACCAGACAAGUCCAUUUUCAGAUCAGAUAUACGCUGAGCUUGAUGAGUUAAAUGACAAGAUGGUAAAGGAGGGUUAUGUACCAGAUUUGAGUUCUGUUCUUCAUGAUGUCGAGGAAUCUCAAAAAACAAAGAUGCUUAAUUACCACAGUGAGAGGCUUGCAAUUGCAUUUGGGUUGAUAUUUAUCCAUCCAAGGCUUCCCAUACGGAUAGUUAAAAAUCUUAGAGUCUGUGGGGAUUGCCAUAACGUGACUAAGAUUAUUUCUAAGAUCACUCAGAGAGAGAUACUAGUACGAGAUGCUGUCCGCUUCCAUUUGUUUAAAGAUGGAACAUGCUCAUGUGGUGAUUUCUGGUGAUGCAUCUUUCUGAGCCUAAAGCUGACAAUGAGGAGAUCGAACCUUUUGCCAACUAUUUCAAAGGACGAAAUCAAAGGAUCAUUCACAUAAAAAGGACAUAAUCUUGGAAGAUAUUAUCAAGAAGAUGCUUUGGAUGUUGAAAACAACGCUAAUUACACCAACAACUGUAUUUGUCAGAUCACCGGCCAAAUCCUGCCGUCCAAAGUCCACAAAUAUUGUCACAGAUCAUCUGGUUCUCCAACAAGCCGAGGCUAAUAUCUAUUGAAAUUUCUCAAAUAAGUUACAGCCUCGUUGUCAACUUUUUUAGUUCAUGUCCCCUUUGUUAAUUAGGAUUUUUGGGACCUCUGGAUAAAUCAAAACUUGGAAAGGCUUGUCCCUUUGACUGAAUGCUUCCAUUAAAUUUCUCUCUAUUGUGAAAUGGCGUUUCCAUUGCUUAAAACUUGCUUGUAUUCCUUUGAAAAAUCAA